AACAAAUCCUCUUAUGGUAUAGCAUUAUAUACACCUACAAAUAGUUACUUCUAAAGUACUAAAAAAAAAGCUUGAAUUUUUUUGCCUUAUAAUUUUAUGUCUUGGGGAAGGAUGAUGGCAGCAGAUCAAUUAGGUUGGGGAAUGGUGGAAGAAGGGUGGAGAAAAGGGCCUUGGACUGCUGAAGAAGACAGAUUACUAAUUGAAUAUGUCAAGUUGCAUGGUGAAGGCAGAUGGAAUUCUGUCUCUAGGCUUGCAGGAUUGAAGAGAAAUGGGAAGAGCUGUAGGCUGAGAUGGGUGAAUUACUUGAGGCCAGAUUUGAAGAGGGGACAAAUAACUCCACAUGAAGAGAAGAUCAUUCUUGAGCUUCAUGCUAGGUGGGGAAAUAGGUGGUCUACUAUUGCUAGAAGCUUGCCAGGAAGGACAGAUAAUGAGAUCAAGAAUUAUUGGAGGACUCAUUUCAAGAAGAAGGCAAAAGGAUCAUCUGAUAUCAAUAAUUUGAACUCAGAGAAAUCCAAAGCGCGCAUUUUGAGAAGGCAACAAUUUCAUCAGCUUCAACUUCAGCAACAGCAGCAGCAGCAACAACAACAACAACAACAACUACUUCAACCUCAGCAGCAACAAACAGAUCAAACUGAUAAUCAUCAAACAUUUGACAUGAAAAAGCUCAUGUCAUUACUUGAUCAUCAGCAACAUCAUGAGGCUGAUGAGAAUAACAAUAUUAAAAGAGAGGGAGUAUAUGUCCCAACCAAUCUUGUUGUUCCUUACAAUCAGUACUACAACUCAUCUGGUGACAAUCAUCAAGUAUUCCUGUGCUCCAUGUUCAACAAUUACGCCGUCGCGCCGGAAGGAAUCAAUGAUCAAGACAGCAUUUGGGAUGGUCUGUGGAACUUGGAUGAUGUUAAUGGAAGUAUGAAUUAUCCAAGAAAUGCCAUUUAUCAUGCACCAGCACAAGCAGCAACAGCAGCAGCAGUUGUCCCUUUCUAUUAGUCAAUAAUUUUAUGGCCAAAAAAAGCCUUUAAUUAGAUUUGAGUUCUGGCUUCUUCUUUUUUUUUUCCCUUAAAAAAAGAAUUAGUUGAUGAGCUUUCUUUAUUUUGGGAAACCAAAGGUUUUCUAUUUCGAAGGCAAGAAGAGAUCGUGAGAUGUUUGUGGUCUUUUUGUUUGUCCAAAUGUGUAGGUAUUUUAUUAUAUGAUCGAACUCCAUAGCCCAUGCAAGGUGAUUCGGACUUGGUAUUUAAUUUUCC